GGAGCAGCGGUUUUCAGGCUUUCAGUCGGCGCCGGCCAUCCAUUCCUUUCACAGUAAUCGGAGAAGAAGCCAUGCCAGAUGCGACGGAUUCCAAAGGAAACACAGUUCACAUCGCUUUCCGCAGAGCCCCUUUCAUGGACUGCGUAGAUGGCCCUUCAAAGACCUCCUCUCUAAAGGCAAUGUCCAAGUUUGAGGAAAAUAGAACCAUUAACCUUUCCAUUGGUUCCAUUAAUAGAGGUAAAUUUCUGAAAAUCCGAGAGAGUAGGCGAGAGGGCAGUACCUUCCUAAUUAUUCCCUUUCAUUCAAACAUUGAUGGCCCAAAAAUUUUCACAAAGGCCCUCUCCUUAUUUACCAAGAGAGCUACCAAUCUUGAGAUAUGCUCAAAGGUGAGUGUGUCUGAGGAACCCAAGGAAUCCCUGCACCAUUCUCCCAAGGGAACUGAUGCUUCAUUGCUGCCUACAGUCACAGGGCAGGAGGUUAAUACCAAAUGCAGUGGAGAUGUCACAAGUUCAAAGGGUUCUGUUGGUGAUCUCACCCCAGCCGAACCUAAUAAGCAAUUAGUUAUUUACCAAACUAAAGCAGCUCCUGGCUUCACCCUCUCCACCAGUCAGUCCGAAGAGUUUCCACCUCUACCACGGAAAAUACUUAGUCCUUCUGCUCCCGCCUUCGUGCCUGCUAUAUACUCCUAUGCUGCUCUUUUCACUCAGGAAGAAGGAUCGGAAGCUAUAGCAGAUUUGGAAGAUGACCCAUUUUCAAAUCUCCAUGGGCAAAGUUUGAUACUAUCCCUCAACGCAGUGGAAGAUCACGCAAAGGACAGGGAUGGACCCAUUCUAUAUACCCACUCUGAUGGGGAGGAUUUUGUGUUCAUAGAUACAAAGCUCAAACCUCUGCAAAUUGACCUCUCAAGAUGCUCCAAACACCCCCUCCAUCUCCGUAAGGAACUAAAGGGUAGAAGGACAUACUCACCGUCACAAAUUGCUACAAGGAGUAAAGCUAAAAUCCUUGAGCAAGGAAGGAAAGUUAAUCCUAUCGGCUGGGUCGAAGAAGAAGACUUGUUAGGUCCCCAAGAAUCACAUGAAGAUGAGUUGCCCUUCCCCAGCCAAUCGCCGCUGCUUCUCCUUCGCCAGAGGUCCGCCGUCAGCAUCAGCGCCGCCGACGACGGUUCACCUCGUCGUGUUGCCGUUCGUCGCCUGCACUGCCAGCGUCGGUCGUCCACCGCCGUCGGGUUGCAGCGCCACCACGCCGAACGCUGGACGUCGCCUCCACUACCGGCGUCUUCCCUCGCCGUCGAGUUGCAGCGCCGCCAGUCGCUGCUCAUCGCCGUCGAGUUGCAGCGCCGCCACUGUUUGACUUUGACUUGGGUUAGGUCCUGUUUGACGUGGGCUUUGACUGGAUAUUCUGUUGACGUAGGGAAGCAAUUCCCUGCAGAUUUGAUAGAGCUACCACACAAGGAGUUUAACAUUAUCCUUGGUAUGGAUUGGCUCACCGAGCAUAGAGCAGUGGUCGACUACAGUUGUCGGACCGUACGGCUGAGAGCCGAGGACGGUAGCGACGUAUCACUCUCCGGGGAGGUGUUCCCCAAGGCUCCCGAGUUCAUAUCGUCCAUGAGCGCGAGGCGCUUGAGUCGCAAGAAGUGCGAGAUGUUCCUGUGUCACGUUCAGGAUAUGCGAAAAGAAUCACCACGUCAGCAGGACAUCCGUACGGUUUGCGACUUCCCCGACGUCUUUCCCGAAGACCUUCCUGGUUUGCCUCCGCUGAGAGAGGUAGAGUUCUCGAUCAAUCUCAUUCCAGGUUUGACUUUGACUUGGGUUAGGUCCUGUUUGACGUGGGCUUUGACUGGAUAUUCUGUUGACGUAGCUUUCACUUUAAAAGCCAAAGAAAUCAUCAAUUUAGUCUUGUGGGAAAUGGCGGAACUGGCACAUGAUGACGACCAAGAUCUCAAUCUCAGAGCUACUGAGCUCAGACUUGGGUUGCCUGGCAGGGAAGAGGAUGGAGACAGAGAAAUUGUUUCAAGUUCCAAGAAAUACAACAAGAGAGCUUUACCAGAACCAUCUGCAGGGGAAGACUGUGAAUCAAGAUCUGGUUAUGACGAUGCCCACUCCCUAUUACCUGUUUCCAAGGCACAGAUAGUUGGAUGGCCACCAGUGAGAUCAUACAGGAAGAACAGUGUGCAUCAGCAGGCAAAGAAGGCAUCACAGGGUGAAACUGCAAUGUAUGUAAAAGUGAGCAUGGAUGGGGCCCCUUACCUUAGGAAAAUUGACCUGAAAAUGCUUGAGGGAUAUGCAGAACUAUUAAUGGGUUUGGAGAACAUGUUCAAACUCACCAUAGGUGACUACUCUGAGAGGGAAGGGUACAAAGGGUCAGAGUAUGCCCCUGCUUAUGAAGAUAAAGAUGGUGAUUUGAUGCUUGUUGGAGAUGUCCCUUGGGAAAUGUUCUUGUCAUCAUGCAAAAGGCUAAGAAUAAUGAAAGGGAAAGAGGCAAGAGGAUUGGGUUGUGGAGUUUGACAACAUUGAUGGCACACCUCACCUCAAAUGGAGUAAAACAAUAUAUCAAAAUGUGUGAUCAUUAUUUUGUCUUUGAUCU